UGCCUAGUUCUCCAAGCCAGCGAGCAGCUUUCCGUUUCCAAAUCGCCGAGUGGUUAAUCUCUGGUGUAUUAUAAACAUAACCUGCUUAUCUGAGACAGUAUAGGGCCAUGAUCGCUUUAGGGGAGAUGAGUAAGACAGAGGAGCACCUUCAAAUGUCAAACUGGAACACAUUAACACUUUAAAGAGUGUCUAUAGUUUAAGCAUUUAAAGUCGUUUUCAGAAACUGGCCUAUUACCAGAAAAGUGGAAACACGUUGCCGAGAAUAAAACGGUUUCUCUGGUUUCAGCACUGGACAGCGAUCGUUUCGAAGGCAAGUUCCCUGCAGUCCACACAGAAGCGGAUUAUCAUCGAGCCAGACAUUCUCAUUAGCGGAUAACGAACAUGGCCUGUGUGCUGUUUCCUUGUUCUUCACAUUCAGUUCUAAGUUUAAGUCGGUUUCACAUCCCUCCUUUUUUGCAGCUGGAAGAAUGAAGGAGAAGAGAAGCAGAUUUAGGCGGUAGUUCUCUCUUGCACUUCCAACUGUUACUCUUUUGGGCAAGGAGGGAUCACUAAGGAGAAAGGAAAUGAUUAAGACCGGGUCACGCUCUACGUCCACUAUGCCACCUGAGCCAGUGGAGAUCAUCCGGAGCAAGGCGAGCUCACGCCGCGUGCGCCUGAACAUUGGUGGUCUCCUGCAUGAGGUGCUGUGGAGGACUCUAGAUCGGCUGCCACGCACACGCCUUGGCAAGCUGCGAGACUGCAACACACAUGACGCCAUCAUGGAGGUGUGUGACGACUACAGCCUGGAGGAGAAUGAAUACUUCUUUGACAGGCACCCAGGUGCAUUCACGUCUAUUUUGAACUUCUACCGCACGGGUAAGCUGCACAUGAUGGAGGAGAUGUGUGCACUCUCCUUCAGCCAGGAGCUUGACUUCUGGGGUAUUGAUGAAAUCUACUUGGAGUCAUGCUGCCAGGCACGUUACCACCAGAAGAAGGAGCAGAUGAAUGAAGAGCUGAAACGUGAAGCUGAGUCCAUGCGCGAACGUGAGGGUGAGGAGUUUGACAACACAUGUUGCACAGAGAAGCGCAAGAAACUUUGGGAUCUCUUAGAGAAACCCAGCUCUUCUCUAGCAGCAAAGGUUCUGGCCAUCAUCUCAAUCCUGUUUAUUGUUCUCUCAACCAUUGCUUUAUCUCUCAACACCCUCCCAGAGCUUCAGGAUAUAGACGAGUUUGGGCAAGCAACAGACAACCCUCAGUUAGCCCAUGUAGAAGCAGUCUGUAUCGCUUGGUUUACCAUGGAAUAUCUUCUUCGCUUCCUCUCCUCACCCAAUAAAUGGAAGUUUUUCAAAGGCCCAUUGAAUGUCAUUGAUCUGCUAGCCAUUCUUCCAUACUAUGUUACCAUCUUCCUGACUGAGUCCAACAAGAGUGUACUGCAGUUCCAGAAUGUACGUCGAGUGGUGCAGAUCUUUCGGAUUAUGCGAAUUUUAAGAAUCCUCAAACUGGCUCGCCACUCGACUGGGCUACAGUCACUCGGCUUCACAUUACGUCGCAGUUACAAUGAACUGGGUCUGCUAAUCCUCUUCUUAGCCAUGGGCAUCAUGAUAUUCUCUAGUUUGGUCUUCUUUGCAGAAAAAGAUGAAGAUGACACAAAAUUCAAGAGCAUCCCAGCUUCCUUCUGGUGGGCCACCAUUACCAUGACAACUGUGGGUUACGGAGAUAUUUACCCCAAGACUUUAUUAGGAAAGAUUGUUGGGGGACUUUGUUGCAUUGCAGGAGUGCUAGUCAUUGCCCUACCCAUUCCUAUAAUUGUAAACAACUUCUCUGAAUUCUAUAAGGAACAGAAAAGACAAGAGAAAGCCAUCAAAAGGCGUGAGGCUUUGGAACGAGCUAAGAGAAAUGGCAGUAUAGUAUCUAUGAAUAUAAAGGAUGCAUUUGUUCGAAACGCAGAACUAAUGGAUGUAGUAGUGAUGGAGAAGACAGAAGAAAACAUGGCAAAGACAGACAAAGUGCAGGACAACUGUCACAUGUCACCCACCCGCUGGAAAUGGACACCUAAGCACACUAUCUCAGAAACCAGUUCCAAUAAGUCUUUCACUGGGAAGGAGCAAGAAUCUCUAGUUAGAGCCACCAGCCCAAGCAGUCCACAACAUCUUAAUGUCCAGAGGCUGGAGGAGAUGUACAGCAAAAUGGCCAAGACCCAGUCCCAGCCCAACCUGAACAGUAAGGAACAAGGUAAUAUGUCAAAAUUGUCAAAGAGAAGAGAUGAAUUGGAAAUGAGAAGCAUUACUGUUAAUCAAACGCCCACCACAACAGAAGGCGUGAUGGAUAUGAGAAGCAUGUCAAGUAUUGACAGCUUCAUCAGUUGUGCUACAGACUUUCUGGAAAGCUCAAGAUUUUCACACAGUCCCAUCUCAAAUCAGCCUAGCCGAGUCAGUGUCAAUCCGGGACUCGAGACAACCCUUGAGUACGAGACUAUGAAGAAGCCUGUUGGUCCACUCAAGCCUGGACGAACAUUAUUCUCUGACAGUCCUCGUGGUCUUCGCAUCAGCAACCCUCUGAAAACAAGGUCUCUCAAGGUCAACUUCUUCUCAGGAGAAACCACAGGUCCUACUGCAGGUUCAGCUCAGGGGGGAGGCACUGCUGUGCUCUCAGAAAGUUCUGAUCGGUCCAUUAUGAGUCCAGAAGUAUCUGUCUAUACUACUGCCAGCAGCAAGACUCCACCCAAGACUCCUGAGACACUUGUACCAACAGUUUUCACAUUUCAUGAUGCAUCAAUCAGCAAGUACAUUGAUGCAGAUACAGAUGAUGAUGACCACCUUCAUGAUGGACAAGGUUCUAGUCCUUCUGAAUGUCUGUUAGGUAAUACAAGCCCCAAGCUCAGCAACAGUUCUUACCAAAGAGGCGCAAACCACCUUGAUUUGUCUCAGAGAAUGCUGGGCCAAAACAGUCUGUUCUCCUUGGAGGGACAUUCAAAGGGACAAGAGAAUCAUAUGAUUUCAGGAGACAGAGGACACUCUAAAACAAUAAGUGAAAAUAAUUAAAACAGGGAAUGUAGCCUAUAACAACUGGAAGUAUAGAAAGUUGAUUACUAUAAAUUAACUAGCAUUAUUCUAAAUCUACACAAACCGUAAGAAUGCUUUACAUGGACAGAAUAAAUACCGAGUAGAUGUGAUAGGAGAAACUUUUAGCAAACUGUUGGAAUUACAGAAACAUCCAGCCAAAAUGCAGUUCAAGGAUAUUGUUGAUCGACAUGGUUGAUGGUUGAAAUGAAAUCCAGCCCAAAUAGCCUCCAAACACAAAUUGUAGAAUUAGACAUUUACUAAAGCCAUUUAGUGCAAAGAGCCAUUUUUCUAAGUAUGAUUUUUUCCUCAAAACAGGCCUUAGUUUUAUGUACCAACAGUAAGAGCUGUAUGUGAUGUACCAGUACAUGUUGCAGGUAUGUGUAUUUAACCAAAAAAGGGUUUGCAUGUAUAAGAAUGAGCAAGAGAAACCAAAAUGAUAAAGGAAUAUGUUAACAACUGACAACAUGUAAAAGACAUACUGUCUUGUGUAAACACAUCCUUCGUUUUUCCCGUCAUUUUAACCCAAACUUUCAUAAACCUUCCUCUGAAGAGAUAUGCAAGCGGAGUGAUUUCAGAGGAUACAGGCACUGUGAUUUGCUGUCUUUGGUCAAAUCAUGUUACAACCCACUCUUGAGGAAGUAACGUGUUGUCUGUUUUACUUAUUCGAUUAUGCAUUCAGCUCAAUUUGUUUGUUUUACCUUUUUUUUUUUAAAUGAAUGUAUGAAUGUGAUUGUGGAAUUCCUCCUCAAAUGCUUAUAAAACACAAAUGCAUCGUCUACAGCAUUUGUUGAAGCCAUGCUCUUCAGUUGGUGGACUGAUAUUUAUCAACAUGGAGCACAAACCACUGUUUCCGAAACUGAUAGGACAGCACUGAAAACACUUUUUACAGCAUUUCGAAAUGACAAUAGAAAAUUUGAUGUUGCUGAUUGUAUAAAAGAACAAUGCUGGGAGUCACAUACUCUUCUAAAUGAUAGUUAGAUACUUCAGCAGUUGUGGAUUACAAUAGACUUUGGUGUGGGUGGGGUGAAGAAUUGUAAAUGUAUAUUUUUAAAAUACUUUCUAGUCGAUGGAAGUAGAGAAUGGAAUAAAUUAUGCGAAUCUCUUAGUUUUGCAUAGUAUAAAAUAUUUAUUUUAAAGGGAUUGUAUUUACUAAAUAAUUUAGCGAGAAAACCUCUUUGUAUUGUUUGCUACUGUCUCCUAUAUGUCUAUGUAUAUGUUGUGAAAUACUUCUGUCCUUUUGUUCACUUAUCCUUUGUAUGAUAAAUUAAGCCAAAGACAUGUACACUAAUGAGGCUGACACACACCAUCCCCACACUCUCUGGUAAUGUCUCUCUGGACAGGUCUAAAAUUCUGGCGCACCCUAAAGCAAUGGAACCUAUUUGUUUCAGACUCUGUAUUUUAGGGAGAUUUUUGAUACUGUUUACUAACUGCCACAAUUAAGAAACUAUUCAGCUGAGCAUAAUUCAUGAAAUAUUCACUGAACAGGACUAAAGAGCUUUAAAAGCUUGGAAUUAUAGCACAUUAACACAUCUUUCACAUCCGAUCUGCAGAAAAUACUGCCUUGCCUUAAAUCAUCAUGAAUUCUCAAAACUACAUAAGUUAGACUCAGUGUAUGUACCAAUAAUAGAGAAGAGUGUUUGCUACCUUAGAAGCCAUAAUACACAGAAAUGCACCAAUUUGUAAAUCAACAAUGCAAUGAGACACAAUGUAUACAGUUAUAAGCACACAAGCAACCACAAAACCAUCACCUUCAACACACACUAGGGAAAGACUCAUUUUGAGACUCUCUUAGUGUCCCUCCUGCCCCUGUGUCUGACAGAUUUAGGCCACAUCCAUUUCAUCUAAUUGAUUCAAGUCUUUUCUGCUCCCCAUCACAUGAAAAAUUUACUGCCAGUCAUAGUGAAUCCAUUAACAUAGGUGCUAAUUGCAAACCGUGUUAAUUUAUAGCCUGACCUCAGAGUGAUGCAUGACCAGUUGACUAUUUACUUGCUUUUUUUCAUGGUUUUGCUCAAGCAGUGUCUAUGUCAAAAAGUGGAAGGCAUUUGAUUGAGAAGUCAUUACGAAAACUCAAAACUCUACAUCUAAAAUUCUGUGCACGAGGCAGACGAAAAAUAAGUUUUUGAAAAGAAAUUGAGAACUCAUUUACAUGACACUGUUCAUUUUUUUUUUUUUUACAUUAAAAUAUGUGGAUGGUUUCUUGAUUUGUCUAUCUUUACCUGAAGACAGAGAGCCUAAAUAAAUCAUAAACAAGUACAGCAAGCAAUAAGAACAAACCAGGCUAGAGAUGUUUUGUGGUCAAACCACAGAGGUCUGACAACAUUAACAUCAAUUAACAUCUGCACCAAAACGGUCUGGCACUGAAAAGCUGUCUGGCCUAUUGAUGAAGUAAUGUUAGUAAGAGUCACAUUAAAUUCCACAUUUUUUUUAUCCCGAAUGAAUCACACACAUUACUGCUUUAUUCACGUAUUACUGUUUGCCCACAAAAUCAAUGUAAAAACUGGAAAUAAAGAUGUUUUGUUUAACCUAUUGUGCAGUGCAAAAAACACCCUUUACUCAAGGAGUAUGGUCCAAAUAUAAUAAUAGCCUGAAAGCCCAGUAAAUGAGUUAUAGGUUAUUGACAUUUUUUAUAUUGAAAAUGGAAGAAAGGAAGAAAGAAAACAAGAUCCAUCAGAAAUGGAUUAGAAUAGCUUUCAGUGCUAAAAGUGAUACACUGAAGUCAGAGUAAGAUUAUUCCAAAUAAUGGCAGGAUUAAAUGACUGCAAAUCAUUUGGGUUAAUGCAAAUUCAAAUGAUUAUAUUGUAGACUGCAUUCUGUGCUGAUUCAGCAGAGCUGCUUGCAGGAACAGAUUAGUAUGUAAAGAUUUGUCUUCUUCUUUUUCUUCCCACACACACACACAAGUGGAACUUCACUGAAAUAGUGCUCAUGAUGGCUUCCAUUUUGAUGACAUUUUGAUAAAUAUGUUUUAAUUUGGACCCAGCAUUUGUGCAAGUCUAAAAACAUUCUGUACCAUUUGAAAAGUUUAGGUUUAACCUUCUGGUCCUUCUUGUGGUCUGACACCAGCAUCAAGAUAAAUGUACAGUAUAUUAUUAAGUACAUUAUUAUAUUUAGUAAAUAAGGUUAUUUGUGAUUCAUCAUAAUUGGCAGAUCAUAAACAAAACAAACAAUUUAGCAGUAGUGCUUCCCUGCCAUAAAUAGACAAAAAGUAAC